GAGAUAAUGGACCGGAGAGAUGAGGAGAUGAGGGAGACAAUCAGAAAACUGUGGCCUGUACAGGGAAAGAAAAUGAUGGACCUGCUUAUGCCUCCCAGUGAUGAGUUGGACGAAGGCAAGAUGUCUGUGGGCAAGAUCUAUGCCGGUCUCCUCAUCUCUGAGAACUGGAAGGCUUACAAGGCCAGCCAGAACGCUAGCAACAACUUCAAAAUGGACCCCGUCCGUCUGCCCAAGGUUAGUAGAGCCCGCGCUGUGCCACCAGCUCCCUCACGGCCGCGCAAUGUGGAGGCGGGCUGCUCAGGCCCCAAAGCUGAAACUGCAUGCUAGCUUUAACUCUGCUAACAUUUUGGCUGGGGCUUCUCUUUCUCUCUCUCUCUCUCUCUCUCUCUAUCUCUCUCUCUCUCUAUCUAUCUUUCUCUCUCUUUCUCAGUCUCUCCUUCACUGCGGUGGACUCGGUCUUCAGCAUUUCAUUUUCAGCUUGUGUUUCUGGGCUUCUCCUGUGCUGUAAAAUCUCUUGUCCGUAGAUCGUUUUUCACUUUUUAUUUCGGUUUUCGGGUUUAUUUCGAGAGAAAACGUUUCAAAAAAUCUCAAUUUUUGUUUAUCUCUUUUGCCCUCCUUUUCUGCUUCCAACCUUUUGUUGUGAUCGGCUACGGGCGAACGUUUGCUUUGGCGUUUUGUUUGUGGGAGCUUCCUCGUUUUCCUUCUGUUGGUCUA